AUGUCGGCCCUUCAUUAUUGCCUUAAAAUGCCCAUGGAUGAAUUCUGGGCAGAAGGUAUCACCACCGUCCUGACCAUGACCACCCUCAGCAUCAGCGCCCGCCACUCCCUCCCCAAAGUCUCCUACGCCACAGCCAUGGAUUGGUUCAUCGCCGUUUGCUUCGCCUUCGUCUUCUCCGCCCUGAUUGAGUUUGCAGCCGUCAACUACUUCUCCACCCUGCAAGCCAACCGGGAGCUGAGGAAGGCAGCCGCCAUGAAGGCAGCGGCUCAGGAGGCAGCGGCGGCAGCAGCGGCCGCUCCGGCUGCAGCCACUGGGAACGACUCAGAAGUUUCCUCAGUGGAUGCCAGCAGCGUUCUGAAGAAGAGGAUGAACUCUGGCGCCCAUAUUUUGACCGUCCUGCUAAACGUUCCCACCCUCCAGUCAACGCCCAGGCCUUCCUGCAGCAGGGUUCGGCUGUACCGCCAACAACGUCCUGACUGGCAACCAGCAUCAUCGACAAGUACUCACGCAUCCUCUUCCCGCUCUCGUUUGGGCGCCUUCACACUGGUCUACUGGAUCGUGUAUCUCACCAAGGACACCAUGGAGAUGUCCAGGGACACCAUCUAAGCCAAGAGUUCGUCUUCCUGGAAACACACACACGUGCACAGAAACACACACACACACACAC